CCUAAUUUCUUCAGUUUCCCAAGAAUAAAUCAUCAAAUUCUCCGCCAAAUGAAAGCAAAAGCAUCGAUCUAAUCAAUGGCUUCAUCAACACCAAGGCUUGCGUUCCAUAUAGUGAUGGUGGCUCUCCUCCUCUUGGCACUCUUUUACGUCGGCCGUCCGCUUUACUGGAAGAUCUCCGCCACCGUCCACGACAUCCGCCACAACAAACAAACCGUUCAAGAAGGUAUUUCACAGAUUGUGCUGGAGGCUCAGAAAUCUGUGGGGUGGUAUAGUGAUGAAUCUGACUCUGGAGUCCAUGGGAAUCGUGGUAAGCAAGCUUCAAGGAGAUUGAAAUUUAGUGUUUUGUGAUGGGAUUUUCCCUUUUGAUUCCUUGUUUUCUUUCUCAUGGACUUCAUCUGAUAAU